AUUUAUCGAGUCCGCACGACGACGAUCGGACGGACAAAGUGUGCACUGUUGAAUUCGUCUCUGAAGACUAUUCUGCAUAUUGUGUAUUAUAUCAAGUUGUGCAAAAAUCGGCAGAGUGUAAUAUUGACAAAGGCUUCCACCAUACGGAUGUGAUUUUUGCUUUAGGAGAUAUGAGAGAGUGGACUCCUGAGUAAACUGUGCACUUUGAACCCUCAUUUUUUGUAACUUUGUCGAUAACUUCGUCAAAGUUUCAGAGUGACGUCUAUCCGUUUUUCAUUCGCUCUCUUCAAAUCGGAGCGACCAUAAUAGUAUAAAGUGCUCUUAUAAUGAUAUAAUGAUAUAGUGAUAUGCUUAUAAACUUGCACAAAGUGCAAGUUCGAAUCUAUUACACGUAGCCAACGUCAUCUGUGAAAAUAUGUAAAUAUAUGGAAAUUGUUACUUCACGCGCGGCAAUUGUCUUUUGAUAUCAUAUGUAUGCUUACUAAGAUGAAAAAUUAAAUCUGAUAUAACUCUAUAUUGUUAAACGAGCAAGUAAAUGACAAGACGUGCACUUUUUGAUACAGUGAAACGUGCGUGCGUGCUGCCUAGAUAAAUAAAUAAUAAGUGGAGAAAAGAACACUGCGAGAAAGUCGUCAGAAGGAAAGGAUCAUCGCGCGCUGGCUCGUUAAAACGAAAGCCGAAUGAAAAACCCGUAGUCGUGAUGGUAGUACGGAAAGUGCCUUGAUUUUUGAAGCGCUCCGAUUACAUCCGACGCAUGAAACCACAAAUUCCUCCUUGUAGCACGCGGCGCGGGGCUUUUCCGUCGGUCGCGAAAGUGACGUCCGCUUGGCGCAGCGAUUAAAUCGACCGUAAAAUCAUUUCCCCCAGCAAUGCCGUCGUGGGAUCGACUGUCCUUCGUUAGAUCGUGGUCCAGGAGUCUGCGUCAGGACGCGAAAGUUUCAUCAUUGAGCGAGCAAUCCUCACCAUUUCGCGAAAUGGUGCAACAGGAGGCUGUCGUCGUGAGGAACGCUACAAAGCGUUACGGAUCCGAGAAAGUAGUGCUCGAUGGCCUGAACAUGACGGUGUCUAGAGGUUCCAUUUAUGGGCUUUUGGGUGCCAGCGGUUGCGGCAAAACCACCUUGUUAUCCUGCAUCGUUGGGGUUCAACGUCUUAACAGUGGAGAUGUGUGGGUCCUGGGUGGAAACCCCGGCAGCGAAGGCUCCGGGAUUCCCGGGCCCCGAGUUGGUUACAUGCCGCAGGAGAUCUCUCUCGUCGGCGAAUUCACGAGGAGCGAUGCGUUUUACUACUUCGGCAGGAUAAAUGGUCUUGACAACGACGAAAUCGAGACGAGGCAGAAGUUCCUCUCGGAAUUGCUCCAAUUACCUCCGGAGAAUCAGCUGGUGAAGAAUAUGAGCGGCGGUCAGCAGAGGAGGGUGUCUUUUGCCGUCGCUUUAAUUCACCGUCCGGAACUCUUGAUCCUGGAUGAGCCCACUGUCGGUCUGGAUCCAAUUUUGAGAGAAAAUAUUUGGGCCCACCUGAUUAAAAUCACGCAGAAUGAGAAUACCACAGUGGUAAUUACGACGCACUACAUUGAGGAAACCAAGGACGCGAAUAAAAUCGGUUUAAUGAGAUGUGGCCAACUUUUGGCGGAGUCACCGCCAUAUCAAUUACUGGAACAAUUUCAAUGUAAUUCGUUGGAAGAGGUGUUCCUGAUACUGAGUCGAACACAGGAAGAUAACAAUAUGGCCAUCAGCAGCGGGUCCACGGCUCAAAAGAAUAAAGCAGAGAGUUCUGAAAAUGAACCGCUUUGCCAGGAGCGAAACAGGAGAGCAAAGGAUAAAGUUUCAAAAUUCAAGGCCAAUCCGAAACGAAGAGUUCCGAGACUGAGAAGAUUUAGAGCUCUAAUAGUGAAAAAUGGCAUUCAGUUUUUGCGCCAUUAUUCAGGAAUAGCCUUCGCUAUAUUAUUCCCAAUACUUCAAGUGAGUACAUUUUUCAUCGGGGUCGGCGGUGAUCCAAAGGGUCUGACAAUCGGCAUUGUUAACGACGAAGCCGGCAACUGCGACGGUAACUUCGCGAACAUCUGGUAUGAUGAGCAAGAGUACACUUGCCACAUCGGGAACGUCAGUUGCAAGUUCCUACAGCAGAUCAACGAUGCGACAGCGAUGAAGAAAUACUACGACGACAUAUCCGAGGCAAAUGAUGCUGUACGCAACGGCAAACUCGCCGGCGUCAUGUACUUUAGUCGAAACUUUUCCGAGGCUCUGCAGAAUCGAUUGGGCAACUUCAUCGAUGUCGACGAAGCCGACAUUGUCGCUGGGCAAAUUCAGGUUUUUCUCGAUAUGGGUGAUAGAGAGAUCGGGCUUUUUCUUCAGAAGAAGUUGUUUGAUUAUUUCUUUGAGGUUUACGAGGACGUAGCGAAAGACUGCGGGAUUUCACCGAAGUUCGCCAAUCUGCCUAUUCGAUUCGAGAAACCGCUUUAUGGAGAGCUAGAUAUCGACUACAGACGUUAUAUGGCUCCAGGCUACAUAAUAACACUUCUCUUCUUCUUAGCCACCACUAUCUCCACAUCUUUAAUGGUCACAGAACGGUUAGAGGGUGUUUGGGACCGAAGUCUUGUUCAAGGAGUGACAACCACAGAAAUCCUGCUAUCUCACAUGUUAGUCCAAAACGUCAUCGUAAUUAUUAACACCGCGAUGACACUAUGUUUGUGUUUUCCCAUCUGGGGCUUGAAAUGCGCAGGAUCGAUGUUCGCUGUAAUCUGGUUUGGCUUACUCAGCAGUAUUUGUGGACUGAUGUAUGGUUUUUUCAUCUCCGUUAUAUCCAAGAAUCAUAGUACGGCUCAUUAUGCCUCAGCCGGAAGUCUCUUUCCACUGAUAGUCUUGUGCGGAACCUUGUGGCCAGUGGAAGGCAUGCCGAAGGCACUUCGCUGGAUCAGCUACGCCAUGCCGAUGACUUUGCCGACCAUAUCUCUUAGAGGAGUAAUGGACAAAGGACAAUCGAUAUAUGAGCUGGACGUAUACAGUGGCUUACUCGUAAUUGGCGGCUGGUCGUUACUUUUCUUUAUGAUAUGUUUAGUCGGUCUGAAAUCGAAAGCCACGCCUUAAUGCAAAGAAACGUGUUAGUUCAAAAGGAACUUCAUGCGAAGGAAAACAGCUCGACAUUUUCGCGAAGAAGAAAUCAACUCCAAAUUUGCUCAGGGAAUCUUAUCGCUAAAAUUAUGAUCGCGAGUGUUGUGCAAAUGGCCUUCAUGUCGUAAAUAUAUUUUACUUUAAUUAAAUAAAUUUAGGUAAAUUAAAAUUAAAGAUUAAUUUAAUACUAAAUAUAAAUAAAAACACACGCUAUAUGCAUACGUACAAUAAAACACGUGAGUGCAAAUAAGAAAUAUUACAUGAUUUUAAGUUAUGUGAAAGAAGUUAUGUUAUAUUUACAUACAAUGAUAAAAAUGCGACAGGAGAUAAAGAAAGAAGAGGAAUUUGCAACUCGCAAACUCGUUGAACAUUCCUAGCAGCACAUAUCAGUUGGCCAACGGUUGGCCACUGUAGAGAGUUUCAACAUUAGCCCGAUGCUUUGUGCUGCUUGGGAUGUUUUGCAUUUUGCGUUUUAUUAUGCUUCUUCGUAUACGAUAUAUUGUAAUUUUACAUUUAUUCACAGAUGUAUACGGGGUUUUCUAUGUACAAACAUGUACAAUGUUGGGGCUAUGUAUACUUUGUAUUCGUAAUUGUACACAUUUAGUUUUAUCGUAGUAUAUAAUAAUACACACGAUUUUUCUCUCUUACCGCACAUUUUCUCAUAUAAUUAUAAACGACAAUGACCGUGACGUGAAAACUUGACAAUUAUUAAUUAUUCUGACAUAAUAUCGUAAUAAUAUAAACAUAGUAAUUAUAUAUAA